AUGGGUAGUAAAAUGUCUACGAAUGAACAUUUAUUACAUUCAAUGAAGAAUUUACGUUUGAGUAGUAUUGACUCAACAACUUUUGAAGACAAUAAUUCUGUUACAAUACGAAUUUUAGAGAUUCCAUCACUAUCAUCACCAUUCAGAAAACAAACGGCUGGUAAAUAUGAUGUGAUGAAAGAUGCUGUAAAUGCUCCUUUAGAAGAUGAUUCACCAACAAAAAGUUACAUUUCAAGUAUAGAUGAAGUAAUAAUUGAUGAAACAAAACAUGGAAAUUUUAUAUUAGAAUCUGCUGGUGAUACACCAGUUCUUCAUGGUAUUUAUUAUAGUAUAGCUGAAUUAUUUUAUGUAUUACAAGAACGUGGACGAUUGUCAUUAUUUGAUAUAAACCGACCCAAAUGUCAAAAACCAAAUGAUGAUGAUGAGGAGGAGGAGGAGGAUGAAGACAAAGAUGAUGAUUAA